AUGUAUCUUGAGAAAGAUCUUGAAAAGCAAGGAAUACAUGUCUCAAACGUGCCUCGACAUUUGACUUGGAUUAAAGCUCAUUCUCACGUCAAGAAUGGAAUUCUGACCGUUGACAAUCCUGCUGAUAAAGAAAUCCAUGAUGCAAUAAUUAGAUUGGAGGCCCAAGUACAAAAAGGUGAAAUAGUUGCUACAGGUCGAGAUGAUAUCUUGUCAAGAGCUUUAAACAAACCAGAGCAUGGAGGUUUUGUUAGGGUUGUUGGAUCAGGCAUAACUAACAAGGAGUACUUUGGAUACAACAAACCAACCGCACCAAGCGAAUUACAUGCUAGAAUGAAUGCGAUGAACUCAAGGAUGGCAACAAUGAGCAAGCAGCAAAACUUUAUAAUUUCCUUCAUGAUGUCAUGCUUAACCCAAGAGCAAUUAGGAGCAUUCAUGGGUGGUGGUGUUCAGCAAGGUGUUUUUGGUGGCGAUCUUGCAAAUUCAGGUGGGCUGCUUGGUGGGGAAGCAGGAGGUUCGGGUGGUUUCCUUGGUGCUUUUGGGAACCAUUUUGGUUCUGGUGACAUGAGUGGUUCUAGUAGCCAAGGGGCAGCUGGAAAUGGGUUGGAUGUUGCUCAUUUAGACAACUCAUUUGGUAAUGGUGUCCCUCUCACACAACUCUUGAUGGGAGGUAUGGAAAGGCACGGCGUUGAAGGGCUUCACAUUGGACAUGAUUCACCUAUGGAUAAAUCUCACAAACAAGCCUAUACUGAGCAAAGAAUUGCGACAAACUCAGAACCUCAGUACACAAAAAGCCCAAUCGUGGUCCAUCCUCAACUUCAGAACCUCGAGACAGCGGCAGAGGUAGAGGCAUACCAUGUUCCUUGGCCUGAGGUGAACCAUAUGAAUGCAGUUGAGCAUACUCCAAUUCCCCCACAUCAAAGUCAAGUUGUGAAUACCAACAACAACUACACAUUUCCUGAGGGAUGGAGUGAUUGCCGCUUGGCAAUUGAGGGAAGCGACAAAGAGCUACAGAUUGUUGCUAACGGAAAAGUUUACAUAGAAAACAACACGGAAGUUCUUGGUAAUCAUACCAUAUCGUUGCCCCAUGGUCAUCGUCGAGUAACCAUUACAGAAGAUUUAAUGCCUUCUGCUCCCUUGUCGUGUCCCAAUGAUGAAUUGAUCUUUGUUUGUCAAGGUAAGAAGUCUUUCACAGCUUGGCCAAAUCAUUUGAUACUCCCCCCACAGGUAAAGGAGCAAAUCUGCAUUCUUUUGCUACUAUGUUGUUUCUACUAUGCUCUUGCUACUGCUUCUGCAUUCUGCAUUCCAGUUAUCAUAGAAUCUGCCCUAGAGUCCUUGAAAUGCUCCCUGCUGCUCCUGCAAUAUGCAUUCUGCAUUCUGCUCCUGCAUUUUUCUCCUGCAUUCUGCAUUUUUCUCCUGCAUUUUGCAUUUUUUCUUUUUUAG